GCUGGAGGAUUGAAGACUGUAGAGUGAGAGGUUGUUGUGCUGUUGUCUGCGUUCAUUCAUACAGACACCAGCAUGAAGGAUCCACAGCUACCAGGUACCAAAACACUAAAUGUCUGGGCAAAGCGACAUGGGAAAAAAGGAAAGAAUGAACCGGAGGCCCAACCUGCCCAGAAAGAAGCAGAAACACGCAAGUGUCCGGCAAUUACGCCUGAACAAAGAGCGAAGCAGACGGCCUUCGAGAGGGUCCUCUAUGACAUGUCCCACAAUGAGCAGGUCAUCAGUGACAUGAUGCUGGGCCGCAGGAUUGCUUUCUAUGAACUCAGAGGAGAAAUAGGGACUGGAAAUUUCUCUCAGGUCAAACUGGGUGUUCAUGCUUUGACUAAAGAACGUGUUGCAGUAAAGAUUCUCAAUAAGGCGCGUCUCGACAAGAAGUCACAGAAUCUGUUUGCCUCAGAGAUCAUCUGUAUGGAAAAUCUGUCCCAUCCGAACAUUGUGCGUCUGUAUGAGGUGCUCGAGACCAGGAAGCAUGUGUACCUCGCUAUGGAGUAUGGCAGCGGAGGAGACCUGCUCUCACGCAUCACCAGCAUGGGGCGCCUGUCAGACCUGGAAAGCAAGCUCAUCUUUGCCCAGAUCAUCUCAGCCAUCAAAUACAUGCAUGAAAACAACAUCAUCCAUCGUGACCUGAAAGCAGAAAAUAUUUUUUAUACCACUUGCUACUGCAUCAAAGUGGGUGACUUCGGUUUCAGUGUUGUCAGUGAGCCGACCGAAACCCUGAACACGUUUUGCGGCUCCCCGCCGUAUGCGGCACCUGAGCUGUUCAGAGACAAAAGCUACGUGGGCCGUUAUGUGGACAUCUGGGCGCUGGGUGUCCUACUCUACUUUAUGGUGACCACCACCAUGCCUUUCUACGGCGACAACUUAGGCCGACUGAAACGCUGCAUCCUGCAGGGGGCGUACAGCAUCCCGCCCCACGUCCCUGAGUCCUGUCAACUGGCCAUCAAAGGCAUGCUGAGACCCGUACCUGUGGACCGGACCACGGUGUCGCAGCUGAUGCUAUGCCCCUGGCUGAAGGGCAUCGAAUAUCCCAAACCCUAUCCUGCUUUCAAUGCGACGCCCAAUUACCUAGCUGACCCUGCGAAGAGCCUGUGCGUGGAGGAACAGGAAGUGAAGUCAGCCCUGAGCGAGCUGGGCAUCAGUGGCACACAUCUGCAGAAUAAAACCUGCACUGACUGCCGCAGCCCAAUAACAGGAACUUAUCGUAUCCUGUUGCACCGCAUCCAGAAGAGGAGACCCGUGGAAGCGGUAGGAUAUUCCGCCCUGUACCCAGAGGAUUUUGGUACCAAGAAAUACUGGACCAACAACGCAACGGCUAAGCACAAUCCUUCGGCAGUGUGUAACAUCCUAUGAAGACAAGUGUUGAAUGAUUCAUGGGUGGAUAAUGUGUUUGAUGCCAUGUUUCAGGAAGUAAUGAAUUUACAUGUAUGAAGUUGUGCUGUUUUUUGUUGUUGUUGUUGUUGUUGUUGUUGUGAAACCCAGCAUCCCAGAAUCAAUCCCAAGAUGAGUAUUUUACUUUCUAUAAUAUUUUUGUAAUAUAUCAAGUUAGAAGGUUCCCUUAUUAGUGUUUUGGUGCUUAUCUGCUGCUGAAUCUGUGGUUAACAGCACAAAAAGAAUAGCCCAUUCCUGAAACGAAAUCACUCUUACAAGCCAGUUCUUUUUAAUGAAUCAAACAUGUACAGAGCAACAAGUGUAGCCCGAUAUCCGAAACUAAUGACUCUCUUGAGCUGGUUCUUUUUAGUGGUCAAAAACAUACUGCUCAACAAGCGUAGCCUGAUUCCCGAAGCGAAAGUUUCUUAUAAGCCGGUUCUUUUUAGCGAAUCAAAAGCAUAUAACACAACAAAUGCAGCCUGAUUCCCGAAAUGAAUGAACUGAUUCCUUUUAGUGAAUCAAAAAUAUUCAGCUCAACAAGUGUAGCCCCAUUCCCGAAAUUAAAUCAUUUUUACCAGCCAGUUAUUUUUAACGAAUCAAAAAUGUACAGAGCAUCAAGUGUAGCCCGAUUCCUGGAACUAAUGACUGUCUCGAGCUGGUUCCUUUUAGCGAAUCAAAAACAAACAGCUCAACAAGUGCAGCCUGAUUCCCAAAAUGAAUGAACCGGUUCUUUUUAGUGAAUCACGAACAUGCGGUGCAACAAGUGCAGCCCGAUUCCUGAAACGAAUUAUGAGCCGGUUCUUAUGAGCCGGUUGUUUUUAACGAAUCAAAAACAUACAGCUAAACAAAUGUAGCUUGAUUCCCGAAACGAAUGGUUCUUUUAAUGAAUAGCUCAAAAACGGGAUUGAAUCAUUAUAACGGAAAUAUACUCAUAUUAAUCAGAAUGAAUCAGUUGUACCGCAUAGUUUUUGUGUUCUAUUUUACAAAAUCUCCAGGGUCCAAUGGUGUCCAAGGUCUGAGACCACUUGUGCAGAUACUUAAAUUUGUAAAACUUCUUGUUUAUUUUUAUGUCACUUUGUUUUAAUUUUUUUAACAACAAUAAACCCUUCUCACUGAGGGCUCAGACUUUUAGACCUCAAUGAGGUAUGAUACAGCUGCUUUCCUUUUAACAACCUAUUAGCCAAUAUAUACAAAUCAAAACAUUUCAUAUAUUAGCAGCAGAGAUUGCGUGCACAUUUGGAUUCAUCAUACACAUGUAAUUCUAAUGGAGGAUGUUUUUAUUUUGCAGUCAAUCCA